GGAAGCUGCGGCGGCCUGGACGCGCAAAUCGAGCAGCUCAUGGAGUGCCGCCCGCUCCCGGAGCCGGAGGUGAAAACAUUGUGCGAGAAGGCCAAGGAGAUAUUGAUGGAGGAAAGCAAUGUUCAGGGGAUUGGAAUCUUCCACCUGUGGAAUAUGCUGUUAUUGUCAGCACUCAGUACACUCUGUAUGCGGGUCAGCUUGCAAAAGCGGUUGAGUGACAAAGGAGAGGGAAAAUAUGGGUGCCUCACUAUUGGUUAGGUAACCCCAAAUUAGUGCUUGAAUUUUCAAGCCAGCAAUGAUGUAUUUUAUUUCAAAAAAGCCAGUUAAAAGCCCAGUGACAAUUUGUGGUGAUAUUCACGGGCAAUUCCAUGAUCUUGUAGAACUUUUCCGGAUUGGCGGAAAGUGUCCAGACACAAAUUAUUUGUUUAUGGGAGAUUAUGUGGAUCGUGGCUAUUACUCUGUCGAGACUGUAACGCUUUUGGUUGCACUUAAGGUGCGCUACCCACAACGAAUUACAAUCCUCCGUGGAAACCAUGAGAGUCGGCAGAUCACACAGGUUUAUGGCUUCUACGAUGAAUGCUUACGAAAGUAUGGCAGUGCAAAUGUCUGGAAGAUAUUCACCGAUCUUUUCGACUAUUUUCCACUGACAGCAUUGGUGGAAUCAGAAAUUUUCUGCCUCCAUGGUGGUUUAUCUCCAUCCAUCGAAAAUCUCGAUAGUGUUCGUAGCUUAGAUCGUGUUCAAGAAGUCCCUCAUGAGGGACCUAUGUGUGACCUUCUAUGGUCUGAUCCAGACGAUCGAUGUGGCUGGGGCAUAUCUCCUCGGGGCGCUGGAUACACUUUUGGCCAAGACAUAUCAGAACAGUUUAAUCACACCAACAAUCUCAAACUUGUAGCCCGGGCUCAUCAGUUGGUUAUGGAGGGAUAUAACUGGGCACAUGAACAAAAGGUGGUGACCAUAUUUAGUGCACCUAAUUACUGUUACCGGUGUGGCAACAUGGCAUCUAUCCUUGAGGUUGAUGACUGCAGGAAUCACACAUUUAUUCAGUUUGAGCCAGCUCCUAGGAGAGGCGAACCAGAUGUGACACGGAGAACACCUGAUUAUUUUCUUUGAGUUAUCUGCUGUGUCAUUUUGACCUUUUUUUUUUUGUCUAAGAUUGCGAUAGUGGAUGCUGGUCAGUAACAUUUUUGUUGUUGACCAGCAAAUGUAAGAAAACGCCGAAGCCUGAAUAGUGUUAUAUUUGAUCCCUAUUGAUCACUGCAAGAGGUGCUAUCAGCCUACCACCCAAACUGAUGUAAAACAAUGUGCAAGAGUCAGGUGGUAAAUUGGCACCUCCCUUGGCCCCGUUCACCAUUCACUGUUUAGAAGGGAGCUGCAUCGAUCGUCCAUUUUUAGCAUAAGUUUAUUCAGUUCUGUAUCAGCUAGUUUUGUAUUGGCAUGCUUGUAACUUGUGUGAUUAGUGACUAGACAAGUUGAUCUUCUGGUUUCAAUAAUCGGAAGGAAUUUCACUCUUCCAUUCUUUA